AUGGUGGGAAGACGUCUAAUCCCUGCCCCCGAGGCUGCCAACUCACCAAUCGUCGGGCAGAAGGGUGGGUCGGGCGCCUCUGCUCCACCCCGAGGACCUGGUUGGACGCUGGAGCGCGCGCGCGCGGGCGCAAUCGCAACAACCACGCCUCUUCCGCUCGCCAGCCGGACUUCCGGUGUCCUUUCCGGGCGUCGCGGAAGUGCAGUUAGGCAGACGGUGGAGGUCUUCGCAGAGUUCGGAGGACACCUUGCUUACACUUGGAACCAGGAGGUUCAAGAUCUCAUCUGGAACUUUCUGGAAGAAGGGAAGAAGUGGUGGAUUGGGCACAAUUUAAUGCUGCUGGGAAAAUAUCAAGAAAGAAACAAUCCAGAUGUCACAGCCCACUGGGCCACAAAGCCCAUCAGGUGCACUUACAUGUCCAGAAAGUCCAAUCGGAUCAUCUCAAAAGUAGACUUAUGCUCACUGAGGCAUUAUUUCAUUUGCCAGGCUGAUGCCUUUUCAGACCGAGAUGCCAGUUAUGAAAGAAAUGCAAAUAAUUCUCAUUUACAUUGGACGUCCAAGAAGACAAAAAGAGAAGUUGCAAUACCGAGAAACAAAAUGACCUCAGGAGCCAUUCAUCUUUCAACCACAUGUCACCAACCUGCUUGUGCUAACCUUUCCAAGACCCUGUGCCGUUCUAUCAGCCCAUUUCCUUCAGCACUACCCAAAGUCACGCAACAGCGGGUAGCAGUCAUAUCGGUACCUACCAGCCAGCCUCUCCCUGUGAUAGCAGAGCUCAGCAGGCCCUCAUCUGUUACACAUGCUGAAAAAACUCUCGUAGAAAUAACUUCAAGCCCCAAAGAGGACUCAUACUCAGAUGUCUUCACCACUCCUCUACAAGCAUCAUUUCAGAAUGCCUCUGCUCAGGUCAUGGAUGAGAUAACGGGGAACUUUAGCAAAGCAGUUCAUGGUUCACAAGCUCACAACAAAUUACAGAAAGCUUGCGAGAUACUCCAGAAGCUGACAGCCUUUAUUCCAGGAUUUUCUGAGUCAGUUCAGGUCAACUCUCUUAUUUACUUGAAUGAGCGGUUACUGAAGAGCCCAUUUCAGAACAACAGCACUCUGGAUUUCAAAAUUCCUGUGGCUGUCUGCCUCUUUCACUCCCUCAAUGUAGUGAAAGCUGAUAAAGCAAGUCGACCAAGAUCCAAGCAUGACGUUGAGCACGUAGAAAAUAUUAUGAAAAUGUCCUUGCUGGCCCUUAAGGAGACCCAGGAAGCACUUCUACAGCAAAAUCAGUUUUCUGAGUCUUCGGUGACUUUGACCUCUUCCAUCGCUACUCUGAUGCUGAGCAGCCAAAACAUAUCAACUUUGCCUCUGAGUUCGUACUCUCUCGGUUAUCCAGCACCUGUGAGGUUAGCCUUCCCAUCAGCUUUGGCUUUGGAGGAGCUCUUGAAUAAACACCCAGGAGUUAAUGUGCAAGUAACAGGACUAGCUUUCAAUCCCUUCAAGGAUUUUGAUGACAGGAACAUUGUUGGAAGCAUCGGAAGAGUAUUACUAAGCUCUAAUCACAAAUUGCUCCAGGUCCAUAAUUUAAUGGAAGAUAUUGAGAUCAUGCUCUGGAGAAAUGCUAGCAUGGAAACCCAUCCCACCAGCCUCAACAUGAGCACAGGCCAUUUUACUGUCACGGUGAACAUCACUUCCCUGGAGAAAUCCCUAAUAGUGUCCAUAGAGCCUGAAAGUCCCCUUUCAAUGACACUCUACCUGGGGUUCCAGCAUCAACUUAACCACACUUACUUCCACCUGAACAUCACUCUUCCGAAGGAUCAGGUCUGGCAGAAAGAUGAGGAGUAUACAUGGGUGCUGAAUCCAGAGAGUCUGCAGUAUGGGAUUGGCACUUACUACAUAACAGCUGUGUUGAAUACAAGCAAGGAGCGUGCUCAGCAGGCGUCCACCCUGUUCUCCAUCAUAACCGCCGUCACUCAGUGCUAUUUCUGGGACAGCCACAAUGGCACAUGGAGGAGCAGCGGGUGUCAGGUUGGCCCACAGAGCACAGUUUGGAGGACUCAGUGUCUCUGUAACCACCUGACCUAUUUUGGCAGCGACUUCUUCAUUGUGCCCCGGACAGUGAACGUGGAAGACACAAUCAAGCUGUUCCUUCGCGUGACCAACAACCCUGUUGGGGUGUCGUUGCUGGCCAGCCUUUUAGGGUUCUAUAUGCUCAUACUUGUGUGGGCUCGGAGGAAGGAUCAAGCAGAUAUGCAGAAGGUGAAGGUCACUGUCCUGGCUGAUAAUGACCCCAGCUCUCAAUUUCACUACCUUAUUCAGGUCUCCACUGGAUAUCGAAGAAAGGCCUCUACAACAGCUAAGGUGAUUAUCACCCUCUAUGGAUCAGAGGGACGGACUGAACCCCAUCACCUCUGGGAUUCCCAAAAGGCAGUCUUUGAACGCGGGGGACUGGAUGUCUUCCUCCUCAGCACUCAGUCCUCUCUAGGGGAACUUCACAGCCUCCGGCUCUGGCAUGACAACUCAGGUGUCAGCCCUUCAUGGUAUGUAAACCAGGUAAUUGUCAGUGACAUGGCAGGUAAAAGGAAAUGGCAUUUCCUGUGCAAUUGUUGGCUGGCCGUGGACCUUGGAGACUGCGAGCGUGACCAGGUCUUCAUAACAGUCUCAAAGAAAGAGCUCUUUUCCUUUAGGCACCUGUUCUCCUCCAUGAUUGUAGAAAAGUUCACCCAGGAUUAUCUGUGGCUCUCAGUUGCAACUCGACAUCCCUGGAACCAGUUUACAAGAGUCCAGCGGCUCACUUGCUGCAUGACCCUUCUGCUCUGCAACAUGGUCAUCAAUGUGAUGUUCUGGAAGAUAAACGGCACCACUGCCAGGCGAGAUGAGCAAGUGGGUCCAUUUGCUGUGACCUGGUCCGAACUACUUAUCAGCAUCCAAACUGCUGUCAUUCUCUUCCCAAUCAACCUUCUAAUUGGGCAGCUCUUCCCAUUGAUUCAGCCACAGGAACCACUGCCUCUCCUUCCACCCAUCCAGGCCUCCUGCCCCUCAGAUGCUUCUUUUGAGCCUCUCUCUCGCACAAAGGUAGUUGAGGAUUUGAAAGAAACUGUGGGAUUUCUGCUCAGGAGAAAUAUGUACCUACUCUCAGAGUGUGAACAAUCUUCAUGGAGUUCUUACAACAUUAACCAGCUGGUGACACUUUUAUCCAGCCUCAUUUAUUCUCACUUAGAGGGUCAAGGCUAUCAUCAGCAGACAGGACCCUGCUGGGCAAAUGUGAUUCCUGAAAACCACAAUCAUUUCUGCUGUUACCUGCUCAGAGUUGUGCAGAGGCUGCAAUCUCACUUAUGCACGCUGGGUCCCACCCAGGUUGACCAGCCUACUAACUUCCUAGAUGCAGCCAGCGAACUGCAAAAACUCCAGGAAUUCCUAGAAACACACAUGCUUCCCACAGAGCAAGAGCCAUCCAGGGAAGCAACCAGUUUCCCCAUCCUGAGCCCAGAAGGAGGGAAGAAGUCCACCUCUUAUGGCCUGCCCGGAUGGUUGACUUAUAUCUGCUGGCUCUUUCUGGGUGUCACUAACCUGGCCACAGCCUUUUUUACAGCACUUUAUACCCUGGAACUGAACAAAGAUCAAGCCACAAGCUGGGUUAUUUCAUUGAUUUUAUCAGUGCUUCAAAACGUCUUCAUCAUCCAGCCAGUAAAGGUAAUCUUCUUCACAUUGUUAUUUUCGCUGAUUCUGAACAGGAUGCCAUGGCUUGCCAAAGAGAAGCAGCAAACGAUGAGGAUCUUGGCACUCUCAGCAAAAUGUUCUUCAUCAUUACCUGGUUCAAGAGAUAAGAAGAACCCCAUCUAUGUAGCCCCAACUAUGAACAGUCCAGUUAAGCGCCCAGAAAGAACCUUGAAAGAGAAGAAACUUUUCAAGCUGACAGGAGAUACUUUGGUGCAAAAUACAAUCGUCUUCCUCAUCCUGUUGAUGACUACAGUCUACUCUGCACAGAACUCCAGUAGAUUUUAUCUCCAUCAAGCUCUCCAGAAGAGCUUUUCUCACCGUUUUUCAGAGAUCAAAUUUCUUAAGCAUUUCUACCCCUGGGCCAGUCACACCUUCCUUCCUAACCUGUACGGACAUUACAGAGGAUUUAUUACUGACGGGAACACCUUUCUUUUGGGCAACGUUCUCCUUCGUCAGAUUCGCACUCCUGGUGCCAAAGUCUUUCCAAUUGGAAUGUUUCCCCAAGAACAAGUGAAGACAUCGCACCAAGACCUGGAGGAUACAGAGAACUACGGGGUUAACUGGCAGCCCCUUGACGCAAACAGCACAAAAGCAGACAGCAUUUGGCAUUAUCAGAAUCAGGAGACACUGGGUGGCUAUCCCAUCCAAGGGGAAUUUGCAACUUACUCAGGAGGAGGAUAUGUUGUCAGACUUGGAAGAAACUCCACUACUGCGAUCAGAGUCCUGCAACAUCUGGAACAGAGCCACUGGCUAGACCGUUUCACCAGAAGCCUCUUUGUGGAAUUUGUGGUCUUCAAUGCUAAUGUGAACCUGUUCUGUGUAGUGACCCUGAUUUUGGAAUCCAGCAGUGUGGGUGCUCUCUUUGCCUCCGUAAGACUGGACACUUUAACUUCCUUUCAGACAUCAAAGGACUUUGCUUGGUCUGUCAUCUCACAAGUUCUCUAUUAUUUACUGGUCUGUUACUAUGGCUUCAUACAGGGUCACCGGCUGAAACAGCAGAGGUGGAGUUUCUUCAUGAGGAAAAAGAACGUUCUGGACAUGAGCAUAAUUCUUAUUAGCUUUGUCAUUUUGGGGCUUGACAUGAAGCUUAUUUCUCUACAUAAGAAAAACAUGGCACAAUACCACUAUGACCGUGACAGGUUCAUCAACUUCUAUGAGGCAAUAAAAGUGAACUCAGCUGUCAUUCACCUCAUGGGCUUCCUGGUUCUGUUGGCAACUGUGCAGCUAUGGAACCUGCUGCAUCAUAACCCCAGGCUGCAGAUCAUCCACAGAACACUCAGCAAAGCCUGGGACGAGGUGGUGAGCUUCUUGCUGGUCAUCCUGAUCCUGCUGACAGGCUAUGCUAUUGCUUUUAACCUGCUGUUUGGAUGGAGCAUCUAUGACUAUAGAACUUUUUUCAGCUCAGCGGUGGCUUUUGUUGGUUUCCUGAUAGGAAUCUCGAAUCACAAAGAGAUUAUUGCUUUAGACCCAAUCCUGGGCUCCCUUCUGAUCCUCACCAGUGUCAUCUUGAUGGUACUUGUGAUCAUUAACCUGUUUGUUUCUGCCAUUCUAAUGUCCUUUGGUAAAGAAAGAAAGUCCCUUAAGACAGAAGCUUCACUGGUAGAUAUACUGCUACAGAGGCUCUCGAAUUUAUUAGGAGUCCAGCGGCACCAGAACACAUGUUCUGGACCCAAGUCAGGAGCCUCUGCAAAGCCGAAGAAGAGUAACCAAGCAAACUCACAGAUGCUCUCUAGGCUUAAAUCCAGACAUUGAAAUGGACUCCUUACUGCUGCAGGCGUCCGCAUGACCCAGAGCCUAAGGUAAGGGCUGACGUGUGCCCAACAUGAGUCACUUGCUUACGUACCGCAUCACUUGGCCAAACCAGUGGGAAAAGCUGGGCACAGAAUUUUUAACUUUAUUAUCAGCUACUGAGUUAUGUCUGAGAUACAAACCAAUCAAAAACAUUAAAGAAAAGUUGCUUGAAACAAGUAUGUACAGAUCCAUUACACAGAAGCCAAAGUCAUUAUCUUCCGAUCCCAAAGCCAUCCCUGUGGGAAAGGAUGGCCUUACCUAGAGGGCAAAGGAACACAUAAGUUACAACAGGAAGAGUCUUGUCCAUCCAGGAAAGCAGCGAACUACAGCCACCUGGGCACCAAAAUGUAUGAAAUCAGUUUUUAAAGGUUCUCUUAAUCGUAAAGUUUUCAAAUGAAAACAGGGACCCCUCUUCUCUUGUAGGCUUUCCAACUCACUAUUCAAGAGACUUGAAUACUUCUAUUAAGGCAACUGGAAGCCCACCUUAGCCUUGAAUGGUGACUUCUGCCCAAUUUGUGACCUGUCCGUCAGUAAUGCAAUCCAACAGAACAUGCUAUGGGAAAAACAGGAAUUGAUACAUUGCUGCCCUCUGGUAAAAGGAAAACACAGCACUCAAAUAAAGCAAAAGGCCACAGAGGGCUCCCUGAGAAUCCAGCAGAACUAAAAGAGGCCUUCAACUUUCCAAAAAAACUUGCAACUGGAUCCAGGUAGAAUAGUGCCCUACAGCAAGGAGUAGUGUAUAUGCCAAUGAGAGGACCCAGCUUCCAAGAACUGUUACAAUGGCUUCCUGAGUCAUUUACUCUCUCUCCCAUUCAUAUUAGAGUGAGAAAACAUACACCUUGGCCUUGAUCCUCACUCACCGCAAUCCCUCUAUACAGAGAGGUUUAUUUCUAUGUCUAGAACCAUAGCACAGGGUGGAGAUACUUCAUGAAGUACUCUGUUCCAUUGUCCAGCCAUCUUUGGCAGCUCUUCCCACAAUGCUUUUUACCUUCUCACUCCCCUGUGGAGGGAUGGUGAGACAGGCAUCACACUGACAGGAAACGGACAAGCACAGUUUACAGGAGCCAGCUGCUCCGGCCUCAGUGUCUCCAGUCGUUCGUCUCUUAGAAGCAAUAAAGAACUGGAAAGCAGCAGAAUUUGGUAGAGCAGGAAGAAAGCCUAGAGGAAGAGUGUGCUUGGUGAUGGUUAAGAGAUGAAACA